GAUUCCAGCGCAUGCGCUGACGUGACUGGAACCACGAGUACGCCGGUACUUCUUCUCAUUAAAGUAGAAAAAUCGUAGUUUUUCUUGAUUCCACUUUGAUCUGAGAAGUUGGUGAGAACGAGUAAGUGAACAUUUCCCUCAAGUUGUGAGUUAAUCUACAAAUUAUUGAGAUUGGAUUACUAGUUUACUAAUAAUUUUUAUUCGAAACUAUGUAUUCUAUUCUACACGUGUCAAAAAGCUAUAGAAGGUCUAUUUAAAUAAAAGAAAUAUCGGUUUAGUUUUUUCGUACAUUUUGAAUAAAUUACGAUAAAUUUAAGUAGUAGGUGGUAAAGACACGUUUUUAAAUUUUAACUAGCCAAGACGAAAAGGAAUAUUUUAAAAAUAUAUAGUCAUUUAUUGAAUUUUUCUCCAACAGAAUAUGGCACUAAGUGAAAUUGUUGGUGUCAACUUUGUAUUAAGUGCUUUCUUCUUUGUGAGAGCGUUGAGUAAGGCACUCAUUACCUAUGCUCAAAAUGCUGAUUUUCCUAGUCACACCAAGAUCAAGUCCAGAGGAUUGACUGAACCCCUUCCCAAGAAACUCCCUACCGCUGUUGACAUUAAAAAAGCGAUUCCAAAGGCCUGUUUCAAUCCAACAGUUAAGGAGUCAAUGUAUUAUGUGUUUCAAGACUUCUUUUUGGUGACUGCUGCAUACGCUUUAAUGAAAGCUUCUGAAGUAUUUCUACCCGGUUGGUUACACUGGCCCUGUGUAUUUUUGUAUUGGGCUGUUCAAGGAACGUUGUUCACUGCUAUCUUCGUUCUUGGACACGAUUGUGGACAUCAAAGUUUUAGCCAUCAUGGCUGGUUCAACGAUUUAGCAGGAAAUAUAAUUCAUAGCUUUAUUCUGGUUCCAUAUACAAUGUGGAAAUUGUCUCAUAAACACCAUCACAAAUUCACAAACAACUUUGACAAGGAUGAAGUUUUCUACCCGGUAAAAGAAUCAGAACCAUGUGCUGGAGGUAAAGUCCUUCCAGGAUUCGGAUUUGGUAUUGGAUGGUUCGGUUACGUCUUAAGAGGCUAUGCUCCAAGAGCAGUCUGUCACUUGAAUCCUAUGGACCCCAUGUUUAAAGGCCACAGAUUGGCAUGCGUAAUUACUCUUCUCUUCAACAUGGUUUCUAUUUAUUUGCAAUAUUGUCACUUUAGUACUUUCGGUGGAUUUACUGCCUGGUUUAAAUAUUACUUUAUUCCUCUCUUCAUUUUCGCCAGUUACAUGGUCAUCAUUACCUUUUUACACCAUAACGAAAUGGGUAUAACCUGGUACAACGAUUCCGAAUGGGAUUUUGUUAAAGGUCAAUUACAAACUGUCGAUAGACAUUAUGGUUUAGUUCAUAAAGCCAUUCACCACAUCGGAACUCACCAAAUGCAUCAUAUGUUCUCAAAGAUCCCACAUUAUAGACUGGAGAUGGCAACAUCUGCAUUCCGCAAGACCUUCCCAGAUUUAGUAAGAAUAUGCGAUGAGCCAAUUUUACCCGCUUUUAUGAGAAUGUUCGCUAAAUAUGAAAAGCAAAAUAUUAUCGCUGACACAACGAAAGAAUUUGCUUAUCAAUAA